AAAAAAUUAAAAAUCUGAUGGGAUCAUUUCGUCGCGAAAAAAGCAAAAUAAGUUUUUACUCUCUGAAAAGAUACUGCAAGCUGCUGUAGGAGUUUCCAGUUGACAAAAAACGCAAGGCUAUGGCUAAACGUUCUCUUGGUGAUAUAGAUUUUCGAAACUGUGUAUCAUUUUUCAUUACCAUUGGUGUUACCAACGUAAGCAGGUAUUCAAAGUCAGCCUUGAUCUCUCUUGGAAAAUUUCUGAAUUGAUCAUACAGACUGUCUGAUACUAAUUCCUUUAGUUUCCGAUUUUCUUUGCUUUUAAUUAA